GCACACUUGUUGUGUUCAUCUGCAACCAACUGGGGAAUAUAUAGACUGAUUUCUCCUAUGGAUACCUUGCUUGCAAACACCUUAUUCAAUCCCCUCAAUAUUUCUCUCUCUUUUCUCAUUUUGCUUUUGGCAUCUACGUAUCUACCCACUGCCAUAAUCUGCUUGGGUGAUAUCGGAGUUCCGAGCACUAGCAAUGUGAAACCAUUAUGCAUUGAGGAAGAAAGGCGGGCACUUGUCAGCUUUAAACAACAUCUUGUUGAUCCUUCUGGUAGGCUUUCCUCUUGGGCGGGUCAUGAUUGCUGUCAAUGGGAAGGAAUUUCAUGCAACAACAGCACCGGCCAUGUUGUGAAGAUGGACCUCCGGAAUCCAUAUCCAGAUUCCCGUUCUUAUGAAGAGUGGGACGAGUCGGCUUAUGAAAGGUCUUUCCUGGGAGGUAAGAUAAAUGCUUCUUUGUUGAGCUUGAAACAUUUAAAAUACCUGGACCUCAGCUGUAAUGAGUUUCAGGGCAUUCGCAUUCCGAUGUUCUUUGGGGAGCUUGAAAGUUUGCAAUAUCUCAAUUUCUACUUUGCGUCAUUUGAGGGAGAGAUUCCCCCCUCUCUUGGUAACCUGUCAAGCCUGAAUAUUCUUGAUCUCGGGAUGAAUUCCCACUUGUCUUCCAGAAACUUGACUUGGCUUUCUCACCUCUCUUCCCUAAAAUACCUUAAUCUCAAUUACAUGGACCUUAGCCGCACAGGAGCCAGUUGGGCAUAUCAUAUUAACAUGCUUCCUUCAUUGUUAGAGUUACACUUAUCUUCGUGUCAAAUUGAAAGCAUUCCACUCUCACUCCAAAGGGUUAACUUCCUUCCACUCUCACUCCAGAGGAUUAACUUGACAUCACUUUUGGUCCUUGAUAUGUCGAAUAACGGUAUUAAAUAUUCUUCACUUCCCAAUUGGUUUUUUAAUCUUACUAGCCUCAUAACACUUGAUCUAUCGAGGAAUAAUUUCAGUAGUCCUUUUCCAAAUGAAUUUGCAAACUUCAAAUCUCUAGAACACCUUGAUUUAUCGAGAACAGGCUUAAAUGGUCAAAUUCCGAAAGUUAGUGGAAAUUUGUGCAAGCUAAAGGUCUUAAGCCUUUCUGGCAACAAGUUUGAUGGUGGGGGGAUUGAAGAGUUUUGGAGGAGCGUCUCAAAUUGUCCAAAUAAUUCAUUAGAGUUGCUAGAUUUGUCUUCUUGUGAGCUGGAAAGCCAACUGCCGACCUCCUUGGGAGUGUUAAAAAGUUUGCAGAAUCUCUACCUUGGUGGAAACUCUUUGUGGGGCUCAAUUCCAGAUUCCAUCGGAAACUUGUCGUCCUUGAAAUCAUUGUACCUCUCUUCUAAUAAGAUGAAUGGCUCCAUUCCAAAAAGUCUGGGACAACUCUAUGAGCUAGUUGACCUCGAUCUGUCUAAUAAUUCAUGGGAAGGUACUCUAACGGAAGCCCAUUUCAGAAACCUCACGAGAUUACAAGAUUUUCAAGUAGGAAUUCAAGUCACAAACGCACCCAUGUCCCUCAGUUUUUGACGUGGCUUCUGUUUGGGAUCCUCCUUUCAAGCUCCAGUCAAUUGCGAUCAUAAACUGUCGGGUAGGUCCUGGUUUUUGGGUAUGGCUUCAAUCUCAAACUGAACUGAUCCAUGUCAUUCUUAGUGGUAUUGGAACCUCUGAAGAUUUCAUCCCAGAGGAAUGGUUGUUGAAGAUGUCUUCCCAACUCAAAUAUUUGGAUUUAUCUAACAACCAAUUACGUGGAAACUUUCCAUCCCGUUUGAAAUUUCCAAAUUUAGGGUCUAUUGAUUUGAGUCAUAAUCAAUUGGAGGGCCCACUCCCACUUUGGUGGUCCACUAGUGUUCGAUUCCCUUUAUCUUGAUAGGAAUCUAUUUUCCGGGCCAAUUCCCUCCAAUAUUGGACCAAAUGAUGCCCAAGUUUGUACAUUUUGGAUCUUUCUGAUAAUCAUUUGAAUGACACUAUUCCUCCCUCUAUCUGCAACAUGCAAAACUUGGAAUACUUGUCCAUAAGGAGCAAUCAAUUUUCUGGGGAAAUGCCUCAUGCAUGGAGUGUGGGAAGCAAAAUUUUGCUUUCUAGAUGUUGGUCACAACAAUCUCUCUGGUAAUAUUCCCACUUCAUUGGGGGUAUUAAGUUCACUGGAAGUAUUAAAGCUCAACAACAACAAUUUUGAGUGGUGUAAAUUCCUGAUUCCUUGCAAAAUUGUUCUGGUUUGAAGAGUCUUGAUCUUGGACACAACAAGUUAUUUGGGAACAUACCUCUUAUGGAUAGGAGGAUCAAAUGUAUCCUUGUUGUAUAGGCUACAAUUACGAUCCAACGUUUUUACAGGACAUAUUCCCCAGCAACUGUGCAAUCUUCGGAACCUUCACAUCCUCGAUCUUAGGUCACAAUAACCUUUCAGGUACUAUUCCCAAGUGUUUGGAUACUUUAACUUCGCUGGUCAACAAUAAUUCUAAUGACUUCAGUAUGGGUCUCUUGAGCAAGCCACACUAACACUAAAAGGAGCGGAGCUUGUGUACAACACGACUCUAAGACUUGUAAAGAGCAUUGAUCUUUCAUCAAAUAAUUUACAAGGUGAGAUUCCUGAAGAAAUAAGCAACCUCUUCCUGUUGGGCACCCUGAAUUUGUCCAUGAAUCAAUUGACUGGAAAGAUCCCCUCCAAGAUCGGAAACUUGCAUUUGCUCGAAACUCUUGAUUUGUCACACAACAACCUUUCAGGACAUGUUCCUCAAAGCUUGUCAUCUUUAACCUCUUUGUCCCACUUGAACUUGUCUUAUAACAACUUGACUGGAAGAAUUCCUUCUGGAAGCCAGCUUCAAACGCUCAAUGAUUUGUCCAUUUAUAUGAACAAUCCAUCGCUAUGUGGCGUUCCUCUCUCAACUAAUUGCCCUGGAGAUGACACUUUCCCAGCUAAGGAUGCGAAUGACAAGAAUGAAGAUGGAAAUCAUGAUAAGUUGUGGUUCUAUGUCAGUGUGGUACUUGGCUUCAUCGUAGGUUUUUGGGGCAUUUGCGGCACAUUGAUCUUAAAGACAUCGUGGAGAUAUGCCUAUUUUCAAUUCUUUGACAACAUCAAAGAUAAGGUAGCACUAGCAAUUGCAUUGAAAGUGGCUUGUUUCAAAAGAAUUGUUUUUGGAGUUUGAUAGUACUAUGUGUCUGUGAUGUUUUCCCCUUUCUACGUUGUAUUUUUGGUACUUGCAAUUUAUGUAAUAAAUAAAGGAAUUGUAUCCAUCUUUCAAUA